AUGGAUAGUGGAGAUAUAGAGGGCGGCGGUCUGAAAUACCAGCCGGUGGUCGCUCACGACCGUGCCGUGCUCGAGAUGUCUAAUAUGGAUCCUGGAUCUUCUUCUUCUUCUCCCACCAAACGCCUGCCCGAGCUCAAGAAUGUCAAAGUUGGCACUCUCGCAACUGAUCGAAGUGAUGUUCAGCCAUCUUCGAAUGGAGGAGUCAGUAGAGGAGGGAGGGAAUACAAUUUGGAAUUGUUUGGUUUUGAUUCUCUUGUCAACAUUCUUGGCCUAAAAAGUAUGACAGGGGAACAUGUUGCCUCACCUCCUAGCCCUAGGGAUGGCGAUGACGGCUCUGUUCCUCACGACCAUUCACAGGUUGUUGCUGAUGCUAAACUGGGAACAUUGAUGGGUGUUUUUGUUCCAUGCCUGCAAAACAUAUUAGGGAUUAUAUACUACAUCCGGUUUACUUGGAUUGUUGGCAUGGCUGGUGUUGCUCAGUCGCUAGUUCUGGUACUUAUGUGCGGUUUAUGUACUUUCCUAACUGGAAUGUCAUUGAGUGCUAUUGCGACAAAUGGUGCAAUGAAGGGUGGGGGGCCAUAUUAUCUCAUAGGUCGUGCCCUUGGCCCAGAGGUCGGGAUUAGUAUUGGCUUAUGUUUCUUCCUUGGCAAUGCUAUUGCUGGAGCCCUUUAUGUGUUGGGGGCUGUUGAAACGUUCCUGGAAGCUGUACCAGCUGCCGGCAUUUUUAGAGAGACCAUAACACAUAUUAAUGGAACAGCAGCUGUAGAGCCCAUACAAGCUCCAAGUGAACAUGACCUCCAAAUUUAUGGGGUUGUUGUGACUAUCCUUUUAUGCUUCAUUGUGUUUGGUGGUGUGAAAAUAAUCAAUCGCGUCGCGCCUGCGUUCCUGAUACCUGUUCUAUUUUCAAUGAUCUGCAUCUUUAUUGGGUUUUUUUUGGCGAGGAAAGAUUAUCCUGCAAAGGGUGUAACGGGCUUGAGCAUGGAUAGCCUUAAAGAGAACUGGAGUUCAGAUUAUCAGUUCACCAAUGAGGCUGGAAUACCUGAUCCUCAUGGGAGGGUUUACUGGGAUUUCAAUGCUUUAGUUGGUCUGUUCUUCCCUGCUGUAACUGGAAUUAUGGCCGGUUCCAAUAGAUCAGCAUCUCUAAAAGACACUCAGCGCUCAAUUCCAAUUGGGACACUGUCUGCUACCCUCACCACCACUGCUCUAUAUAUAGUAUCAGUGUUCCUUUUUGGUUCACUUGCUACCAGGCAGAGACUUUUAACUGACAGGCUAUUUACAGCUACAAUUGCUUGGCCUUCCCCUUCAAUUAUAUAUAUUGGAAUUAUCCUUUCAACCCUAGGUGCUGCUCUCCAAAGCUUGACAGGUGCCCCACGCCUGCUCGCUGCCAUAGCCAAUGAUGAUAUUCUACCUAUACUUAACUACUUCAAAGUUUCCGAUAGCCAGGAGCCUCAUGUUGCUACCCUCUUCACUGCGUUUAUCUGCAUUGGAUGUGUUAUUAUUGGGAAUUUGGAUCUUAUCACACCAACUGUGACUAUGUUUUUCCUGUUGUGUUAUUGCGGUGUGAAUUUGUCUUGCUUCCUUCUUGAUCUUCUCGAUGCCCCCAGUUGGCGCCCCCGCUGGAAGUUUCAUCAUUGGAGUCUUUCUCUUCUUGGAGCAUCACUUUGUAUAGUUAUAAUGUUCUUGAUCUCCUGGUCAUUUACUAUCGUGGCUCUGGGUCUAGCAAGUCUUAUUUAUAAAUAUGUGGGCAUAAAGGGUAAAGCUGGAGAUUGGGGUGACGGCUUUAAGAGUGCGUACUUUCAAUUGGCUCUCCGUAGUCUUCGUUCUCUUGGAGCCAACCAAGUUCACCCAAAGAAUUGGUAUCCUAUCCCUCUCAUAUUCUGCCGGCCAUGGGGGAAGCUUCCAGAAAAUGUGCCCUGCCACCCAAAGCUCGCCGAUUUCGCAAACUGCAUGAAGAAAAAGGGACGUGGAAUGUCUAUAUUCGUUUCCAUACUAGAUGGAGACUACCAUGAAUGUGCCGAAGAUGCAAAGACAGCAUGCAGUCAGCUCAGCACAUACAUCGAGUACAAGCGUUGCGAGGGCGUUGCAGAAAUCGUGGUGGCCCCCAAUAUGUCCGAUGGUUUCCGUGGGAUAGUCCAGACAAUGGGCCUGGGCAACCUGAAGCCUAACAUCGUGGUGAUGCGGUAUCCAGAAAUCUGGCGGCGAGAGAACCUUACAGAAAUCCCAGCCACAUUCGUCGGGAUAAUCAACGACUGCAUCGUCGCAAACAAAGCUGUCGUCAUAGUCAAGGGUCUAGAUGAGUGGCCUAACGAGUACCAAAAGCAGUAUGGCACCAUUGAUCUAUAUUGGAUUGUGAGGGAUGGAGGUCUAAUGCUUCUCCUCUCUCAGCUUCUCCUCACGAAAGAGAGUUUCGAGAGUUGCAAGAUUCAGGUGUUUUGCAUCGCCGAGGAGGACUCAGAUGCCGAGGAGCUGAAAGCUGACGUGAAGAAGUUCCUGUACGAUCUCCGGAUGCAGGCCGAAGUGAUUGUGAUAUCAAUGAGAUCAUGGCACUCGAACGCAGAAGGUUCUCAGCCAGACGAGUCGUUGGAAGCAUUCAACGCUGCUCAAAAGCGAAUCGCAAGCAACUUGGCAGAGAUGAAGAAGUCCGGAAAUGGAAAGGAAGACAUUGGGGCAUUGAACGAGAGACAGGUGGAGAAGUAUCUGUACACGACGCUAAAGUUGAACACGACGAUAUUGCAUCAUUCGAGGAUGGCAGCCGUGGUGCUUGUGAGCUUGCCGCCGCCACCAGAUAACCAUCCGGCGUAUUUCUACAUGGAGUACAUGGAUCUGUUGGUAGAGAAUGUGCCGAGGCUUUUGAUUGUAAGAGGAUACCGUAGAGAUGUUGUAACGUUGUUUACGUAG